UAUAAAAAUGGGCGGGAAAACGGGAAGAACUUCUAAACUCGCAGCGACGGUGCUGCUAGUAGUCAACUUCAUUGUUAUGAUGGCGUGCGGAGCAGUGUUCGCGUUUGGUCUUUGGGUGAUCGUCUCGCCUGUCACGCUCUCGGCGGUCGUCAAUAAGAUUGACAGCCCUGUGGUCAAGACCCUGUUGGCGCCACACACGUUGACCGCGUCCCUUGGCGUGGCCUUGGCUCUGCUGGCGCUUUUCUUUUUCUUCGUGGCCUUCAUGGGGUUCUGCGGGGCGCUUACACACUCACAGUUCCUGCUGAUCAUGUAUUCAGCGCUAAUUCUGCUGCUGCUUCUGCUGGAGUGUGCGCUGUUUUAUUACUUCUCGUCUACCCUACUUGAGAAAGGUCUACUAACAGAGGAUGGACAGUGGACUCACGCGUUUCGCAUCGCGUUUAGCUGUUGCGAGAAUGUCAACGGUACUACAACCAUACCAUCUAAGCUACCAUGGUCCUGCUGUGGCCGUGCCGGCAUCCCUGACAACUGCACUACCGGCAAUAUGUACCAGAAGGACUGUUUACAAACUGUAACAGCCUGGCUACGGCGCUACCAAACAGCAGCGUACGCGUCGCUAGUAGCCACACAUGUGGUACUGUCCUCGUGUGCGUUGCUGCGACGACGAAGCUAGCGACACGCGCGCCGCGGCAGCAGCGGCGGCGAAACUCCUCAACUCCCCAGCAAGCGGUCCUGGCACCUCUCCCGCGUGUCUCCCGGACCUGGACAAGAUGAUGUGCUCAUGCUCGUGCUCGGCCGUGGUAGACUCGGCUGGGUGGAGAAGACUUAG